UUUCAGGUAUGGAGAUUGAUCACAAAUUUCUUCUUUCUUGGGAAGUUCUCAAUUAAUUUUGGGAUUCGCCUCUUAGUGAUAGCAAGAUAUGGAGUGCAACUGGAGAGUGGACCUUUUCAAAGACAAACAGCAGAUUUUCUGUGGAUGAUGAUAUUUGGAGCUUUGACAUUGUUGGCUUUAUCGCUAAUCCCCUUCUUCCGCUCCCCAUUCUUGGGCAUAUCACUGGUUUUCAUGCUUCUAUAUGUCUGGAGUAGAGAAUUCCCAAACGCUAAUAUCAACAUUUAUGGUCUUGUGACUCUAAAGGCUUUUUACUUGCCGUGGGCCAUGCUCGGUUUAGAUGUUAUUUUCGGUUCACUAAUUAUGCCAGAUCUCUUGGGGAUCAUUGCUGGACAUCUCUAUUACUUCUUAACCGUGUUGCAUCCACUUGCCACGGGGAAGAAAUUGUUGAAGACACCAAUAUGGGUACAUAAGCUGGUUAUGCGUUUGAAGAUUGGAGCACCUACUGCUACUCCUGCACAACCUGAUAAUGCCGGUGCAGCUUUCAGAGGGAGAUCUUAUCGGGUUGGCGAAGCAACAGCUUAUCCUGCACAGCCUGAUAGGGGUUCUGGUGCAGCAACAACUAACACUGUGCAACCUGAUAGCAGUUCUGGUGUAGCAUUCAGGGGGAGAUCAUAUCGCCUUGGUGGGUGAGUUGCUGCAUUUUCCACCUUCAACCGGUAGCUUCAAGUCAAUAGUGAAUUUUUAUUCACGUUAGCUUGACAAUGCAGCGCAAGGCAAUUUUUUUUUUGUAAAGUACAAUGUUGAAAAGGUGUAAUGCUGCCAUGACAUGUUGAAAUGCAGAUGAAUGCAUAACCACCCGUAACCCACCCUUCCUGAGGAAAAACUGAUUUGUGUAGAAUGGUAGAAGUUUUUACGGAAGGAUAGCUGGAAACAGAUUGUCAAUCCAUUUGGGGAAAGAAGAGUUGAUAGGUGAAAAUUUCUGAUUUGGAUAUUUGCUAUGGAUUUUCCACGGAGAACGCUGCCAAUGAAUAAAGGUUGCGUAGUUUAGCAGCUGUUA